AUCCGCAGCCCACUGAGCUGUCACGCCUCGCCGCCUCCUCCUCCUCCUCCUCCCUCCUCCUCCUCCGCCGCCGCCGCCGCAUGGUCCUGCCCGGUGCCGCGGUGCUGCUGCUGCGCUGUAGCCGAGUUCCGGCCGCUGCUGCUCGGCGUCUCCAGAGUCCGAUGUCCCGGCGGUGUCCUCCUGUCUCCUGCUCGCCGAGCCAAACCCUCCAGCUGCUGCCUGCGGGCUCACUCCUCCUCCAGCGCCACAGGUCGUCCAGCCCGCGGGACUCCUCCAAGUGGACUACACACGCGUAAAAAGUCCCGCUGAAAUAACUGGCCCCUCGUUUAACUUUUUUUGUUUUUUUACUGGUGCUUUUCUUUUUUUAUUCUUUUUUAAUUUUUUAAAAGAAGUGUUUUCCGUUCACCUGGAGGACGGUAGGAACCAUGAGCGGUCGCGGGGACGAGGCCGGGGAGAGCUCCGGCUCCCAGGAGCCCGCCGGGGCCGCGGAGCCCCAGAAGAGGAGGCCGGGGAGACCGAGGAAGCCCCCGAAAGAGCCAAGUGGAGAGCCUGUCCCCAAGCGACCAAGGGGCCGUCCCAAAGGAAGUAAGAACAAGGGCCCCUCCAAGGCAGCGCAGAAGAAAGCCGAGGCAACCGGGGUGAAAAGACCCAGAGGACGACCCAGGAAAUGGCCACAGCAAGUCGUCCAGAAAAAGCCUGCUCAGAGAGAAGAAGAAGAAGAAGAAGAAGAGGAAGAAGAAGAAGAGGAGGCUGAAGAGAACGACUAAGCUUCCACAACGUCAAACCUCUACCUCAAUCAGCUGUCAGGUCUUUCAAAGGAGAAAGACUGCCUUGACCACUUACUUUUGCCUUUUCCCAACAUUAUUCUACUUCAAUUAGAGAAUUUCCAAUGUUAAUCUUUCAGUUUUCAGCCUUUUGCGUGUGUCCACACUGAUCGGUCACUGAACAGGCGGAAAUGCUCAGUAUUUGUCUGCGUCUUUAAAUCCCUUUGAUGCGUUUCUUUCACACAGGUCAUUCAGAACGCAGCAGCAUCAGAAGCUCGUCUCCAGACAUUCCGCCUGUCGAAACAGUCAGGCAGAGACACACACAUCAUCAGCAGAUACAACAAACCUACACUCCUCAGUCAGAAUCAUCAAAAAACAAACAGAAACCUCCAUGAUGAGUAAGUGUGGCCCUCACCCCAACAGUUGGGGUUUGCGGUCCCUCAGACACAUCAUCAUCAUCUUCAAAUGACAAUGAGCAUUAGCAGACCCCAUCACAUCCCCCAUCGGCGUUGACUGGUUCUCCAGACAUCAGUAGAAAAGAAACUGGGGCAGUCUGGUUUUGUCAUACAUGGGAUGAAAGAACAAAUGUCUGCUGUUCCAAUAUUUCAGUGUUGGCUCUAAAACAAAGGAGCGACCUCGACCUUCCCUCUCAACAUCCAAACCAAAAUGGUGUUAAGCCACCAAGGACAGGGAGACACAGAGAUGGGUCCUCAGGGCAGUGGCUUAUCCCUCCUGUUGGGUUAAGGCCAUUUCGACAAAGAAGUUUGCUCAAGUUGUUAGCAUUAACUCAGAUUUAGCUUGACAUCCCCAUAGGAUCCCCAAAUAUCAUCUUUAUAUCUCACAAAUACACCAUCUUCCUGUAUGUUUCCUGCAGCACCCACUACAAAGGUUCAUCAUGGGAUGAAAUGCUCUGGUCUCUAAUUUUUAUUAGACUAGUUGUUUCAAUUUGUUACUGAAAUUAAACCAGUUUUUAUUCCCGGAUUAAUUUAAGAAAAAAGGACAAAUUCUUAAUCCUGUCCAGGUGAAUUCUACUAAUGUAUUUGCUCGAAAAUACAAACGCUGUGUCCACGCUGGAAAGUUUAAGAUCUUACACAUCAAUAUAGCAGCGAAUAACUGCAGUCUUUUCUAUGUAAAGAUAUAAUGGAGUAAUGGCAUCCUGGGUGGAGUUCGCAGUCCCACUCCCUCUGUGUUAGCACUGCUAUGCCGUAACCUACGUAAACAUUUGUUUGCUCCAGUGCGACAUCUAGCGGCAGUGAUGGUCGAACAUAGAUAACCUGUAUUCAGCAUCAGACCGUGUUAGAUCACAGGUUAGUAUUGCAUCAGGCAUUUCAGUCAACUAAAACUCUCAAUACCUCUAAUCAGUGCAGCUUUAAAUGAUAGUUGUGACAAAAUACAACCCCUUGAGGCUAACAAAUGGUUGUUACUCCUUUUAUCUUGCACAAAGCAAAAUAUGAUUCAUUCCACUGACAGUUUCUCGCCAAGGUGCAACCACACCUGGCUUUGUAUGGGAAUAGGAGAAGGCACGAUUGGUUUAUGGCAUGUUACGUCCAAUACACGCCCAUGGUUAACUAAGAGACUGAGCACAGCCCCUUUGAAACAUGCACCUGUCGGAUUUGGACACACCCUAAAAGCAUAUGUCCCUCUCACUUCAGACCACGUGUUUAAAUCGAUAAACUAGAGCCCAUUAUGUCUCCCAAACUGUUUAUUUGAAAAGUAAACAUUGCAUUUUAUAGGAGGUAACCAAGAUUGCAAACUAUUGAGAUCAUCAAGAGGAAAGAGUCAGUUUUCAGUUGAGCCUGGUAGACCAGUACAUCCAAGCACUACAAGAGCCCUGCUUUGUUUUCCCUGUUCUUGGUGGACUCAACACGCCUCUUUUAUUUGUCUAGAAAAUAACAGAAUGACUCUUCACAUCCUGUCAACACCCUUAACCCAGCUCAGACUACUGUUUUUUUUUUCCAGAUUUACAUUAACACACUUAUGUACAUAGCAUCACUCAGUUUGUUGUUUGCACAACAUAGCUUUAAAAUCUUGAUUCCAUCAUUGAUGUCACACUGCAAAGAAAAUCCACAGGCUUGGAGAAAAAUAAAAAACCUCAAGAAAAACCACAAGAACAAACCACACAUUACCUCUCGACACACUUGAUACCUGGAUUCAGCGGCAGUGUGACACUGAACGUCUCAUCUCGCACUGUAACCCCAGGGAGCCUCAGGUUUGCGGAAACCUGAUGGCGUGCCAGCGCUCUCUGGUCACUGAUAUGCAAUAUCUUCUCAUGACUUCAAACUACCUCUGACUCAGCACAACCAGCUCAUGAACGCUGUUGCUCAGUACAAACAAAAAAACGACGCCAGCGGGGCGGCAGAGGGCGUUUCCGAUAUUUGAUAACGUGUUGUGACAUUAUACUGUACAUUGAAGCGAGGUCAUGCCAGUGGUGCUUGUAACGCGAGGGGAAACGGCAAUUUGUCUUCAACUGUUUUUGUUUGACUCAGUCAGGUAAACACUACAUAAUCCACAAAGAGGCAAACGUCAAAUACAUCAGAGUCAUGUGGGUCAACGUUAAAGGAACAUUCUGUUUUUUUAUUCGGCUUGACAAGUGUUUUCACAUGAAGUGAGCAGAAAGUCUGAAGAUUCUGAUCACGUAGCAAUAAUUUGAUAAAAAUUCUGGCGUGAUGGUCAAAACUGUGACGAUAGUUUACGUUGAAAAUGUUUUCCUUUAAUUGUUGACAGACUCUAAAGCCUGCUGUCCAUCAUGUUCAAAGUUUCCAUAUGACCAUAUUUUUUAAGAUCAUGCUUCAAAUUUUAGUCACAGUUUUUAUUGUAGUUUUAGCUUCAGCUUUGGUUUAAUACAAAAAUUCUGAAUAUGAAAUCUAUUGUUGAAUUUAUGAUAAAUGUAAUGUUUACCUAUGAGUUCAAUUAACCUUCACAGGUGACUUGGAGACGCAGUCUUUAGAGUUUGUCUCAUCCACACUCGUACCUGACGUUUCCUUCUGCCUACAGAUUCAGUAGUCAGUUUCUUUUUUCUUUUUUUUUUAAAUACUGAAAACACGAACGCAGCUAACCGAUCUAUAAGUACUGUUUUAUUUUUCUCUCUCACCUCAAUGUUAAUUUGUGUCUAAACAUUUUAAUGAAACAAAACUUUGCAAACUGGGACCUCUGUUCGACAAAGUGUUAACUUGAAUUUAUUUUGUACUGAUUUACACAGUGGUUUAAUAUGGAUCAAGUGUUUGUAUGACACUUCAUGAUAUAGUUUCAGAUGUCUUUGUUUUUUUGGGGGUUUGAAUAGUUGUCUCUCCUGAGUUAUGUGUACUACCUAUAUGUGUACAGUACCUCAAAUAGACAGAUAAAAAUGGACUCAUCAGUUGACAAAUACCUACCUCCAGUCUUGAAAAGGAACGAUAAUGCCGGUUUACUUUCAGUGUGAGUUACCUUGACGUGUGAUAUGAUCUAUAUCAGGACUACAGAAGCUCCUUACUUAACAAGUUGUGUAUCGUAUCUUUCAAGUUUCCAAUCUCAGUACAUUUGGAUUCUCACCCUCAAAGUGACCUUCAGGUUUAUAACAUACGUUUGGAUUCUGUAUAUUUCAUUCAUGAAUAUGUUUUUCUUGUUUUUAAUUAGUAGAUAUCAAUAUACUUGAUUAGCUGUUUUGUGUACUUCACACAAAUGUGAUUUUCUUGUCUUGUUAUGUGGUUAAACCAGAUGUAUACGGAAUUGCUUUUCACUUAGUGAUAGAUUAUAUUUUCACCUGUCAUCAUGGCAACCUUUUUGAAACGUUAACAUGGUAUUUUGAAUGUGGCCAGAGGUAGAACCUCAGAGGAGCUGCGGCCUGUGGGGAACUCUCUCUAAACCAACCACCUGCACAGUGUUGUGGACUGUAAAGGAGCCUUCAGUCAAAUUUCACUUCACUUUGAGCCCUGUUUGUGCUUAUUCAUCACAAACAGUCAACAUAGCAACAUUACUGACACUCUGUAAGUACAGUGUGUGUCUGUGAUAGUGUGACAGUACAGCGUCUGGCCUCAUCCCGCUCCUUUCAUGUUUUUCCUUGAAUAAUUGUCAUGGCCAUGGUCAGAGGCUGAUUGGCUGAGGCCCGGGGCCACACCGCUUACCUCACUCAUGUGUGUUGGCCGCGGGACCUCUUCAUUUUCUUUUUACCACCCAUGUAAACAAGUUAGAGCGGCCACACAGCCGGCAUGUAACAGGCAUGGUGUCCCCCCUAUUUUUCAUUAGUAAAGGGCCGAACAAAAAGUAGACAGUGAGUAGCUGCCUCUUAAGAUCCAAGAUAUAAAUUACAUUUAUAAUAAAAUUAUAAUAAAUGUAUUAUUGAUGGCCAUUAUCCAAGAAGUACAAAGAUAGAGCUGGCAGUGCACACAAGUGGCAGCAGUUCAGUGAGUGUUAGGACUCAGUAUCUGAGUAGGACUUACAGUCUAAAUAAGGCUUGAAAAAACUGAACUUGUGUAAAUUAGGAGGGACUUCAAAUGCAUCAAUAAUGACAAAACCAAGAAAGAUUUGUGUUGCCUUCAAUAACUAACUUACAGAAUCCAAACACUGUGCCGGUGACGCUGUUUCUAACUACGCAUACAGUCUAAAUAGAGAGAAUCCCAAGCUGCUAAAUGUUAAAUGAGCUAAACUGUGCGCUCCUGUUGAGGCAGGCUUAUCAGUGGCUUUUAACAAAUGGCUUUGAAACAGACAGGCUUCAUCAUUUUAACAUUUCAUCAUUAAAUAGCACAUGGUAUCAUUAUGUGAUCUGUAGGUAUCUGGGUGAGUACAAAUAAUUGUCAAGCUUUUUAAAAGGAAACAACAGAAAGUGAUACAGAUUCUUGGAUCCACUCGUGCAGAAAUGUAUCGGGUUCUUUCUUGGUCUAUGUCUCAUCCAAGUUUUGCGGAAAUCCAUUUUGAGGAUUUUGCAAAAAUCCUACUGACAAACAAAGGUGAGCAACUCAAGGCUGUUUCUGGCCCUUUGAGAGCAACUGGUUCAGCCUUGAAUGUAGGUGGUCGGCCCACGAGCUGUGUUAACUGCCACCUGCCACCAACAGUUACAAUAUGUGUGAGCGGCGCAAACCGGGGCUGUGGUACCACCGUAUGUACUCUUGUUCCUCAGAGUCUUACAUCACUAAGUUACGUCAUGGUCAGGAAGCGGCCAGAGAAUUCAGCUGAACUGAAUUUUCAUAUUGAGCAUUUAAGAAAAAAAAAAAAGGGUUUUGCUCGAAAAAUGACCUAAUCUGACAUCCUAUGCCGUCAAGGAUUUGUGCGAUAAUGUGUGCAGCUCAAAAAUGUCAACUUGGGGUGUAGUUUCUCUUCUGCGCUCACAAUGCAGUGUAUCCAGAUACAGAUCACAUGGUAAUACCAGAUGUAAAUGGCAUCUACGGAGCUCAACCAGCUCCAGGUUUUGAGCUCUUCAUUUCCCUCAGAGAUGUGGACUUGAUUUCAGUGGAGUAUAAAACACCAGCUCAUGUUCUCUGGCAGAAUGACUGUAGAAGCCUCUGUUGUUGAGCUCCCAGCUCCGGGAGUCUUAAUGAAGUCGAUCUUUUUCUCUUCAUGAUAUCAUGUUCUAGUACAAUCAAAUACACAUUACUACCUCCAGAAAGGCCUGCUUUUACCUCGUUUUCAACCUUAAAUACUGUUUAAAAAUUCAGGUGUCUGAGAGCGUAUUGAGAACAUCUUAAAGUUUUAUAUCUAUAUAUAUACACAUAUAUAUAUAGUUUAUUUUUGUGGGGGAUGCAUUUUGUAAGACUGCUUUUCUCUGCCUCUCAGUCACCGUUAGGUAAGACUGGACAUUUACACUUUGAAAAGGAAUUUUCUUACUUUAUACAAUGUUAUGUAGUUAGCCUGUGGGGUGGGUGGAGAGAUGUCCCAGCUCUCCGUCUGCCUCGCUCCUUGUGUAUCGUUUCAAACGUCUUCUUCAGUGUCUAACUUUUAUCGCUUCCUCUAUCCACCUAAUAUUACUGUCUUGACUUCACUACAGAUUUUGCUUGCUUCCUAAACAAAGUCUUUAUAGAUAUUCACUGUGUUUUAUUCAGCACAAUAAAAUGUAUGGCAUCCA